GCCAGCUGGCUCUUUCGUCCCGGCUCGGGGGCUCCUAGUCACUGGGGAGUGUGUGUGGGGGGGUGUCCCCCACACCCCCCAGCCCUCGACUCAUUCAACACGGGGUGGCCCCUGCAUCUUGCUUUCUGGAAUUCAGAACUGGUUCUGUUCACUGCCCGCCCCCCCACCCCACUCCGGAUUUAGGCGACACCCCUCCAGGCUCCAACGGAGGUGAAGCUUACACGAAGAACCAUGAAGGUGGGCUGGCCAGGUGAGAGUCGCUGGCAGGUGGGCCUGGCUGUGGAGGACAGUCCAGCACUGGGAGCACUGCAGGUGGGGAGUCUCCCUGACGUUGUCCCGGAGGGGUCACUGCUGGAAAUGGUGCUGAAAAGAAUGCACCGGCCCAGGAGCUGUUCCUAUCAGCUGCUGCUCCAGCACCGGCGACCCAGCCGUAUCCAGGGCCUUCGCUGGACACCGCUCACGAGCAGCGAGGAGUCCCUGGACUUCAGUGUGAGCCUGGAGCAGGCCUCCACAGAGAGGGUGCUCAGGGCUGGGAAACACCUGUACCGGCAUCUGCUAGUCACCUUUCCAACACUCAUCCGUGACCGGAAGUACCACCUGCGGCUCUAUCGGCAGUGCUGCUCUGGCCGGGAGUUAGUGGACGGGAUCUUGGCACUGGGGCUUGGUGUCCAUUCACGGAGCCAAGCUGUGGGCAUCUGCCAGGUGCUGCUGGAUGAAGGUGCCUUAUGCCAUGUGAAACACGACUGGACCUUCCAGGACCGAGAGGCCCAGUUUUAUCGGUUUCCUGGGCCAGAGCCAGAGCCUGCAGGAGCCCAUGAACUGGAGGAGGAGUUGGUAGAGGCAAUGGCCCUACUGUCCCAGCGGGGACCCGAUGCCCUGCUCACGGUGGCACUUCGAAAGCCCCCAGGUCAACGCACCGAUGAGGAGCUGGACCUUAUCUUUGAGGAACUGUUACACAUCAAGGCCGUGGCUCACCUCUCCAACUCGGUGAAGCGGGAAUUAGCAGCUGUUCUGCUUUUUGAACCGCACAGCAAAGCAGGCACCGUGUUGUUUAGCCAGGGGGACAAGGGCACCUCAUGGUACAUUAUCUGGAAGGGGUCUGUCAAUGUGGUGACCCAUGGUAAGGGGCUGGUGACCACACUGCAUGAGGGAGAUGACUUUGGACAGUUGGCUCUGGUGAAUGAUGCUCCCCGGGCAGCCACCAUCAUCCUUCGAGAAGAUAACUGUCAUUUCCUGCGUGUGGACAAGCAGGAUUUUAACCGCAUCAUCAAGGAUGUAGAAGCAAAGACCAUGAGGCUGGAAGAACAUGGCAAAGUGGUGCUGGUGCUGGAGAGAGCCUCUCAAGGGACUGGCUCUUCUCGCCCUCCAACCCCAGGGAAGAACCGGUACACAGUGAUGUCUGGCACCCCAGAGAAGAUCCUAGAGCUCCUAUUGGAGGCUAUGCGGGCAGAUUCCAAUGCUCAUGACCCAACAGAGACAUUCCUCAGUGACUUCCUCCUGACCCAUAGCGUCUUCAUGCCUAGUGCCCAGCUGUGCGCUGCCCUGCUGCACCACUUCCACGCGGAGCCCGCAGAGCCUGCCGGGGGCAGCGAGCAGGAGCGCAGCACCUACAUCUGUAACAAGAGGCAGCAGAUCCUGCGCCUGGUCAGCCAGUGGGUGGCGUUGUACAGCCCCAUGCUCCACAAGGACCCUGUGGUUGCCAGCUUCCUCCAGAAACUCUCAGACCUGGUGAAGAUGGAUCCCCGACUUAGCAACCUACAGAAGGAGCAGUGGCCAGAGAGACGACGACACCACAGGUUGGAAAAUGGCUGCGGGAAUGCAUCUCCUCAGAUCAAGGCCCGGUCCCCGUCUGCGUGGCUUCCCAGCCAGGAUGAUUCCCUCCCCAGCAACCACGGUGCCAUCCGAGCUGGGGACAAAGUGCCCUAUGAGAUCUGCCGGCCUGACCACUCCGUGCUGACCCUGCAGCUGCCUGUGACAGCCUCGGUGAGGGAGGUGAUGGCCGCCCUGGCCCGGGAGGAUGGCUGGACCAAAGGCCAGGUGCUGGUGAAGGUCAAUUCUGCAGGCGAUGCCAUUGGCCUGAAGCCAGAGGCGCGCGGUGUGGCCACAUCCCUGGGGCUCAACGAGCGGCUCUUUGUUGUAAACCCACAGGAUAUACAUGAGCUGACCCCACACCCUGAGCAGCUUGGGCCCACGGUGGGCUCUGCGGAAGUGCUGGAAGUGAUGAGCGCCAAGGACCUGGCGGGCCAGCUGACCGACCACGACUGGAACCUAUUUAAUAGCAUCCACCAGGUAGAGCUGAUCCACUACGUGCUAGGCCCCCAGCACCUGAGAGACGUCACUACGGCCAACCUGGAGCGCUUCAUGCGUCGCUUCAAUGAGUUGCAGUACUGGGUAGCCACGGAGCUGUGUCUCUGCCCCGUGCCCGGUCCACGGGCCCAGCUGCUCCGGAAGUUCAUCAAGCUGGCAGCCCACCUCAAGGAGCAGAAGAACCUCAACUCCUUCUUUGCUGUCAUGUUUGGCCUUAGCAACUCGGCCAUCAGCCGUCUAGCCCAUACCUGGGAGCGGCUGCCCCACAAAGUCCGGAAGCUGUACUCGGCCCUGGAGAGGCUGCUGGACCCCUCUUGGAACCACCGAGUGUACCGAUUGGCCCUCACCAAGCUCUCCCCUCCUGUCAUCCCCUUCAUGCCCCUCCUUCUCAAAGAUAUGACCUUCAUCCACGAGGGAAACCACACACUAGUAGAGAACCUCAUCAACUUUGAAAAAAUGCGUAUGAUGGCCAGAGCUGUACGGAUGCUGCACCAUUGCCGAAGCCACAACACUGUGCCUCUCUCACCCCUCAGAAACCGAGUUUCCCACCUCCAUGAGGACAGCCAAGCAUCCAGGAUUUCCACGUGCUCGGAGCAGUCCCUGAGCACCCGGAGUCCAGCCAGCACCUGGGCUUAUGUCCAGCAGUUGAAGGUCAUCGACAACCAGCGGGAACUCUCGCGCCUGUCUCGGGAGCUGGAGCCAUGAAGGGGGUGGAGCUGACAGCAGGCACUUCCCACCCGGAAAGCCAGGGCAGGCUGUGGGUGGGGGCCAAGAGGCCCAGAGACCAGCCACAGCUGGGCAGGGCUCUCCGCAGAGACAACACAAGGCCCUGGAGCGGGCAGCGUGGAGACAGCCGUCCCCUGUGAUGAUCUGGUGGCUGAGGAGUGGAAUCUAGCAGGGGCCUAAAGCCAAGGAAUAGGGGGCAGCCAGGCCCUGACUCUGGUGGGAGAGCGGAGCAGGCUGGGAGAAAGUGUUCAAUAGAUGACUCUCCAUACCGGGUUUUCUCCA